AUCUAGCUUCUCUAGAUCUGAUAGAUCAAUUAGAUUCUCAAUAGCUGGGCAACAUGAAAUUUCUAAUGUCUGCAAUUCUCCCCCCGAGUUUUCAAGCCUUUCAAGUUCCUGUACCUUCACACGACCAUCAGCAUACAGUGUGGUUCGGACAAUUUUAAAGCUUUUGACAGAUCGGGUUAAACUUUAAUUGCUCUACAUCCACUGAUAUCUAACCAUGCCAAUGCCUCCAAUUUAUCAAGUCCACCAAGCCCUUCCAACUUCUCACAGCCAUUACAAAACAGAUACUGCAGAGACACUAAAUUUGACAGGUCAUGUAAUCUAUCAGCAGAUGUUCCAUUAAUAUCCAAAUCCUCUAGCCACACAAACUUCCUUCCAAUACCUUGAAUUUCAAGUAGCUUUUGGCAACAUGUAGCAUACCUCCUCCACUUCGGCAAAUCUGGUGGCUACUCAAGAUUUUCAAGAGUAUGAAAUAUCUAAUGACAUCAGACCUAUUCUAAAUCCCCAAGGCCUUUAAAUCCCACGAGCUCUGGGCAGUACCAUAGCAGUAAACCUGACAAUUUGCUGAUCUCAAAAGGUCCACUCUGCAGACCCAAGGGAAGUUUGGGCAGCUACAGAGAGCAACGUCACCGUCUGAAAGUACCUCGAGCAUAGCAUACCAACUUUAUCCAGCACGACACUAAUAUUUACCCAGAAAUGUACUAACAGAGAAUAUGAACCACCAGUUCUUUUGUUCGCUGCGUUGAUCUUGUCAUUCAGAGAUGUCGGUUUCCUGGUUCCACAACCUUAUCGCGUACCGCACUGACCGUUUAAAGUCAACGACUGUUUGGUUUCACACAGGGAGAGAGAGAGAGAGAGAGUUGAUUCCACUAUAGGCAGAGAACAGAGUUGAGUCUCCAUCUUCCCCUGAAUCUGAUUGAAACUCUUUGGUUUCAGAAGCAAUGGAUGUUGAUGGUGAGAGUAAUGGCUAUCCUUGGUGGGCAUGCCUGUGCUGUGGCUUUUUCUCACUGUUUGCUUCAAGCGAAAGAAGUGCAGGAUCUGCAGCUAUCAGUUCAGAUGAUGCUGUCUCUCGGGACUCUAAUGUCCUAGCUAGACAUUUAUCCGCAUCCCCAGCAGAAUUUGAACCGGGCUAUGAGUAUGAGGUUUUCCUGAGCUUCAGGGGACCGGAUACUCGCAAAGGCUUCACUGAUUUCCUCUACAACGCCCUUGUAGAUGCUGGGAUACGCACCUUUCUGGAUGACGAGGCACUCCUUAAAGGAGAACAAGUCGGGCCUAACCUCCUGGAGGCGAUCAAGCAAUCAAAGGUCUCUGUAUCCAUCUUCUCCAGGGGCUACGCUUCUAGUAAAUGGUGCCUCAAGGAACUGGCCCAGAUGGUGGAAUGUAGGAACUCGGCAGGGCAGAUGAUAAUACCCAUUUUUUAUGAUGUCGCGCCCAAUGAGAUCUGCAUAAAAGAUUGUCGCAGUGAUUAA